AUGUCCGAAUUUACUUUCAAUAUUGAUCAUGGAUAUUUAGAGGCUUUAGUAAGAGGGUUAAAAUCUGGAAUUCUUACAUCAACAGAUUAUGCUAAUUUAGUUCAAUGUGAAACAUUAGAAGACCUUAAAUUACAUAUUCAAUCAACUGAUUAUGGAAAUUUUCUUGCUAAUGAACCAGGUAGCAUAACUGUUGGAAUUAUUGAAGAAAGAUUGAAAGAAAAACUAGUUGUUGAAUUCAAUCAUAUUCGUAACAAUGCCCUUGAACCAUUGGCUACUUUCCUCGAUUAUAUUACAUACUCUUAUAUGAUCGAUAAUAUAAUUCUUCUCAUUACUGGAACACUUCAUCAACGACCAAUAAAUGAAUUGAUAUCUAAAUGCCACCCAUUGGGAUCUUUUGAACAAAUGGAGGCUAUUCACAUUGCUUCAACUCCAGCUGAAUUGUAUAAUGCUGUUCUCGUUGAUACACCAUUAGCUCCAUAUUUUGUUGAUUGUAUUAAUGAACAAGAUUUAGAUGAAAUGAAUGUUGAAAUUAUUAGAAAUACUUUAUACAAGGCUUACAUUGAAGAUUUUUAUAAAUUUUGUAAAACACUUGGAGGAACAACAGCUGAGGUUAUGUGUGGAAUUCUUGCUUUCGAGGCUGAUCGCCGUGCUAUCACAAUUACCAUCAACUCUUUUGAUACUGAAUUAUCAAAGGAUGACAGAGAAAAACUUUAUCCACGUGUUGGAAAACUUUAUCCUGAAGGAUUAGCUAGUUUAGCUAGAGCUGAUGAUUACGAUCAAGUUAAACAAAUUUGUGAAUUCUACUCUGAUUACAAGGGACUUUUUGAAGGAACUGGAGUUAAUCAAGGUGAUAAAACAUUGGAAGAUAAGUUCUUUGAACAUGAAGUAAAAUUAAACGUCCAAGCUUAUUUAUACCAAUUCCAUCAUGGAGUUUUCUAUGCUUAUAUAAAAUUGAAAGAACAAGAAAUGAGAAAUAUUGUUUGGAUUGCUGAAUGUAUAUCACAAAGACAUCGUGCUAAAAUUGAAAAUUACAUUCCAAUUCUCCAAUAA